AUGAAGGACGAUGACGGGAAGGGAUUGGGUGAAAAAGAGAAAUAUCUGGCCGCCCAGAAGGAAGCACAGCGGCGGGGUCAUGUGACGGGGCCCCCUGGAAGGACAGACCGCGCCACGUUCUCCCCGGAGGAGGCAGACCCAGGGCAGCGCCGCAGCGCCGCCGAGUGGGUCCGCAAAGGCAGCUUCAUCCACAAGCCGGCGCAGGGCUGGCUGCACCCCGAUGCCAGGGUCCUGGGGCCCGGGGUCUCCUACAUCGUGCGGUACAUGGGCUGCAUCGAAGUCCUCCGCUCCAUGCGCUCCCUGGACUUUAACACUCGCACCCAGGUCACCAGGGAGGCCAUCAACCGGCUCCACGAGGCGGUGCCUGGUGUCCGGGGCUCCUGGAAGAAGAAGGCCCCCAACAAGGCGCUGGCUUCCAUCUUGGGCAAGAGCAACCUGCGCUUCGCAGGAAUGAGCAUAGCGGUCAGCAUCUCCAUCGACGGCCUCAACCUCUCGGUGCCCGCCACGCGCCAGAUCAUCGCCAACCACCACAUGCAGUCCAUCUCCUUCGCGUCUGGCGGCGACACGGACAUGACAGAUUACGUGGCCUAUGUGGCCAAGGAUCCCAUCAACCAGAGAGCCUGCCACAUCCUGGAGUGCUGCGGGGGCCUGGCGCAGAGCGUCAUCAGCACCGUGGGCCAAGCCUUCGAGCUGCGCUUCAAGCAGUACCUGCACAGCCCGCCCAAGGUGGUGGGACCUCUGGGAAGGCUGAGCGGCCCAGAGGAGUCAGCCUGGGGGGACGAGGAGGAGGCGGAACACAAUUACUACAACAGCAUCCCGGGCAAGGAGCCACCCCUGGGCGGGCUGGUGGACUCCAGGCUCGCCCUCACACAGCCCUGUGCCCUCGGGGUCCUCGGCCAGGGAGCAUUUUCUACUCGAAGAGAUGCCCGAGGCCUGCAGUGGGACCUGGGCCCCUCAGGUCCACUUGGGGACGGCUACGUGCAGGCGGAUGCCGGAGGCCCCCAAGACUACGAGGACCACCUGUACGUCAACACACAGGGCCUGGAUGCCCCCGCGCCCCCGCAGCCUGAGGACAGCCCCAAGAAGGACCUGUUCGACAUGCGUACGCGCGGCACGGACUUCGCCGUGGCCGGCCGCCCGCGGGGGCUGACGCUGGCUCUCCCACAGGUGCGCACGAAGGACGUGCUGUUCGAGAGUAUCAGCCACCUGAUCGACUACCACCUGCAGAACGGGCAGCCCAUCGUGGCCGCCGAGAGCGAGCUGCACCUGCGCGGCGUGGUCAAGCGGGAGCCCUGAGCAAGGUGAUGGUUCUCAGCCCCACUCCUGCCCGCGCCCCAGACGCCCCGUCGUGGCCUUCUCUGGACCCCCGCCAGGUGCUCAGGCCCGAGCCACUGCUGUCUCUCCUUCCUCUGCAUGGGUCUCUGGAAUCUUUCUUCCUCCAGCCAGCCCUGGGCUGGGCUGGUCAGUAGGGCCCUGGUAGGGGGCCCAAGACCCUUGCCUGCCUGCACCCUUUGCCUGGAGUGAGGGUGUACAUACCAAAGACAGAACCUUUUCUUGCCUUUAUGAAAAUGUAUCAAAAAUCAGUCUCUGCUGGGGCCCGCACUGAGGUCCGUGAGCGGCAAGGAGGCCUGGGCCUGGCUGGCCUUGGGCCUUUCUCCCCCGAAAGCGAAGCCCCAGGCCCCGGGCUGCAGUCAGGGUCCCAUCCUCACCGGGCUCAGUUCUUCCUCCUGAAACAUUGGUGCACAGUUGUCUUUUUUGGGGGAGAACUGAGGUGCUUUGGGCCAAGGCCCGUGAUGACACUGAAGUGGGGGCUCAUUGAAGUGGGAUACAGGGGACACCCAGCACCUCCAAGACAGUUGGUCCAGUGGGGGUGGUUGAGAGGGCUGCUGUCCAGCUGAGGGCUGGUCUGGAGGUGCGGCAUCUGCUGGUACCUAAACCCGGAGUGGCCGUGGGGAGAGUGACCCCGCCUGCACACGAGGGGGUUUCUCGGGCUAGGCCGGGGCUGGUCUCCUGGGGUUGGCCUCCCUGGCGCUGCAGGGGUGGAGAGCCUGGGCCUGGGGGGGGCCUGUGACUCCCUGUUGGGGAGCGUGUGGGGUUCCACGCCUGAAUCCCAACAUCUCUCAGAUACCUCUGUUUACACCCUAAGACAAAGCACACCCCAACCUCUCUUUGCAAACACCCUAGUUUGUGUCCCAAAUGCUACAUGCCUUUCUCUUAAGACACCCCAGCAUACCUGGCAGGAAACCCCUGUUUUCUUUACCAAAUUGCUCCAACUUAGCCCUGAACGGACUCCUACUUCUCAGGUACCCCAGCUCUCUCGGCUGUCUCCUCAGAGCCCCUUCUCUCUGAGGCCAGCUCUGCUCGCGAGGACCCUCACCUUCCCUCAUAUUAGUUUUGAGACUCCCUUUCAGAGAGGCCCCAUCUCCCCCCGGACCCUCCUCCAACUCCCAAAGUGGCCUGGAGGCCCCAGGCCCCUGGGUGAGGCUGUAGCUGCUCUGUGGCCGGCCGGGUCUGCCCCGCGACCUGGCCAGGGGACCGGGGACGGGUGUGUGAGUGAAAGCCAGCCUGGUCUGCCUGCAUCUGGGGCCACCACAAGGCAGAGCCAGAGGGACCCUGUCGAGUCUCCGGCUGCAGGAGCCAGAGACUGAGAGCCGUGGGUCUGUGCGUCACACGCCCAUCUUCCUGUCCACGUACCCCGCUGGCCACUCAGCUACCCACACCUCACACCGCCCAUCGCCCAUCGCCCGUCAGCAGUCCAGCCACAACCUCCCUCGCCACACACACACAACUGCCUUUAACACCCUGCAGGGGCACAGGAGCUCGGCAGCCCAGGGACGGGAGGUCAGUGUGGCAGAGGGGAGACGGGGUGGUGGGGGGCACGGGCCGGUGCUGCGGUGGUAUGUUCCCAAGCAGGGAACAGCACAGAGGUGGUAUGUUCCCAAGCAGGGACACGGCGAUGGAGGCAGGGAGGCGGCUCCGGGCUGGGCCGUGCCCAGGAGUCAGCUUCCAGAGAACGGUGGCUGGAGACGCUGUCCACACCGCGUCCACGGUGCCACCUGCCCCCAGCCAGUCUCCACCCACACUCUGACACCAGGGCCCCCAGCCGUUGCACCCCACACCCCGACCCUGCGCCGAGACCUGCACAAACUGCGCAAAUUCUCCCCACUCACGAGGGGCACCGAGGCUUGGAGAUGAGGUCACUGGCCACAGCCCUGGGGGGGCGGGCCUCCACCCCCCCCAUGCUGUUCCCUGGGCUGCAGGCCCCCGCACCUGUCUUCUGCCCCCUUCUACCUUCAGUUGUUCAGCUGAAAAAUGUCGUGAGAGGUGCGGUGGGGCCUGGCUGGCGCCUGUGGCCGCUGCCCUCUGCAGUCAGGGCGCACACGUCCCCCUGCGCCUCAGCUGGACGGCAGGUGACAGCCUCCCCUGCAGCAGGCCAGCCUGCGCUGCUGGGGUCUGGGCCUUUCCCGGGAGCCCCAUUCUUUUCAGGAGGCGAAGACAGAGCACCAGGCAACAGCCCCUGCCCGGGCCGCACGGCCGAGCGGGCCUGGCCUUGGGUCUCGCCCGCUUGCUGACACACUUCCCUCUCGCUUUUCCCGGGGCAAACUAAGACUCUGGCCUGGCUCCUGGCCCCUGGCUCCUGGCCGGUCCCACGCCCCUCCCGGUCUGCGCCAUUUCCCUCCCGGCCGGUCUCUGGGGAGGGCGGUGGGAGGUCGCCGGGCACCCUCGAGAGGUGGCACUCAGAGCAGGAGGGGCCUCAGGUACAUCCUGUUUGGCCUCCCCACCUGGCCUGGUGCAGCAGCCUGCCACCUGUGAUUCCAGAAGGCUGCAGCGCCCGCGGGGGCUGGGCAGUUGCAGAGGACAGUGGGAGUUUUGUUAGCCAGGAGAGGUUCCUGUUUAUCGACGGGGACCUGAGCCAGCUGGGAGGCGCCUCCCGCCUCCCCUCUCCCAGGGUGGGUGCCGGGCAGCCCCCGGGCCUGUUCGGCACCCCUGCCCACUGGCCUCCUCUCUGGGCCGCAGUUUCUCCAGCCCCCAGAUGUGAUGGGGAGGCGGUCCGGGCAGGGCUCAGCUGGGCGGUGGGCGGGGUCUGGGGGCUCUGGGGUUUGCUUCAAAGCCUGGCAAGCCCCGCCCCACGCAGUCCCGCUCCCCACCAGCAGCAGAGGACACACGUGUGCUCUUCACGUGCAACCUGUUGCAUCCUCACUCUGCCUUGAUGCGGGGACGGUUUGAUGGCCACGGCCAGGAGACACGCAGGAGGCGCGCAGGAAGGACUGGCGUUAGGGCUCCCGCCCAGGCGGCGACUCAGCUCAGUGUCCUGAUUUCCUUAGCGCAGGGACUGAGGACAGCGCCGCCUCCCAGGCCCUCUGCCUCUGGGCAGGGUGCGCAGAAGUGAGCCCCCCCAGCCCGGCCUGCCGACACUGCCCGCCUCUCAGCUCAGCCGGUCACUCCCCGUCCACUGUCCUGUCCUGCAGUGGAGGGAGGCGACUCGGGGCCCUCAGCGCCUUCCCCACUCGUCUUCCCUGAAUGACGCCCCCGCCCGCGCUUGGCAAGAGUGCAGUGGGGCCCCCCACGUCUGGGGCAGGGCAGGGCAAGAUGGCCUCACCUUUCCUCCGGGCAUGAGCAAGUGGCAGUUGGGGUGUUCUUUACGGUGACUGAGGUGGAGAGGGGGCUCUCAGGUCAUGCAGGGCCGGGCGGCGAGUGGCAUGCUCUUGGGCACGCGCCCCUGUGCUCACGCCGAGCUGCCCAGGACAGAGGGGCGGGAGCUCGUGGCUGAGCAGAGCCGGGAGGUCGUGGCCGCCUCUGUACUGGGCUUUCACAACUGGACCGUGGGGCUCAACCACUCCUUCCAAGUUCGAGAGGAAGGCCGGGCUGGGGAGACCGCGUGGCCCGCACCCCCUCCCUCUCUCUGCUGCUGACCAGAGGUCACCCCAGAGCAGCCCCGUCCUGGUCGGGCCAGGCCAGGCCCGGGGUAGUCGCAGAACGCAGGACGCGUGCUGGACAAUUACCUGGACAGUUACCACAAGUGCAGCGAGGGCCCCACCCGGCCAGCCCUGAGUGUGGGGGCUCUUAGCACCUCCCACACUGGGAUUGAUUCAGGGUCCCAAAAGGGGCACACUGAGGCUGGGUAGGUGGGCAGGGAGUGGGGGCGGGAGGAUGCCGGGGAGCAUCCUGUGGUCUUAGGAGCUGUCGUAGGCCUGGUCUUGCUCCCCCUGUUGAACUGUGAGGCGCAGGCUGGCACCUUCUCCCCCAUCACGUGCUGUAGUUUGUCGGGGGGCCCCAGCCUGCGGUGUGCUCUCCCUGGCACCCCUCCCGCAGGGUGGCCACAAAGCCGGGGCCCGCAUCCCUGCGGCAGCCGCACCCCAGCGCCUCCAUCAGUGUCCCCACCCAGGAGGUGCUCCAGGGGCCCCUCCUGGCCUGGCCAAGCGGGUGCCCUGAACCAGCAACCACCUCAGCGGGCGUCCAGGAGGAAGCCCUGGUCUGCCGUCUGGGCGCAGCCCUGGGACCUGCCCUCUGGUGGCUGUGGGGUCAGACUUGGGGCGGACCUCAAGCGUCCUUAAAGACUCAAUAAAUUCAGUUGUGGCUGUUA